AGAGAAGGACAAGUCCACUUCAACUCCAUCUCUCCAUCCCCUUCUUCGCUAAUCAUACACACUCCUUCAGGCUUUUACUUCACGCUCCCUCCUUCCAAAUCCAUCCCCAAUAUGACUUCAUUUCUCCUCAUUCUCAUGAAAAUCCUCACUCUUUUCAACUCCUGAAUCCACCCAUUCAAUACCCAUUUUCAGAAACUAGAUACCCACAUCGAAUUCCUUCAUUUUUUUCAUUCAACUAUGUACUUAUCGGAGAAACCCCGUCCGAUAGACUUGUACAAGGAAGAGGGGGGCGGAGCCACAGCUCGUGACAUGAUUAUUGAGGUCACCCCCAAUGGGGAUUUGCCGCCUCACACCCAGCACCCCCACCACCAGCAGAUGAUUCUGGGGGAUAGCAGCGGUGAGGACCAUGAAGUUAAGGCACCUAAGAAGCGGGCGGAGACCUGGGUGCAGGAUGAGACCAGGAGCUUGAUUGCGCUGCGGAGAGAAAUGGAUAGUUUGUUUAAUACCUCGAAGUCGAACAAGCACUUGUGGGAGCAGAUAUCGGCGAAGAUGAGAGAGAAAGGGUUCGAUCGGUCGCCGACCAUGUGCACGGACAAGUGGAGGAACUUGUUGAAGGAGUUUAAAAAGGCUAAGCAUCAAGAUAGAGGAAGUGGGUCGGCGAAGAUGUCGUAUUAUAAGGAGAUUGAGGAGAUUUUGAUGGACAGGACUAAGAAUGCGCACUACAAGAGCCCUACUCCUCCUCCUCCUCCCAAAGUUGAUUCCUUCAUGCAGUUCUCUGAUAAAGGCUUUGAUGAUACAAGUAUAUCAUUUGGUCCUGUUGAAGCUGGUGGUAGACCUACACUCAAUCUUGAAAGGCGUUUAGAUCAUGAUGGACAUUCUCUUGCCAUCACCACUGCUGAUGCAGUUGCUGCCACUGGAGUUCCUCCUUGGGGUUGGAGAGAGACCCCUGGAAGUGGUGGGGACUGUCAGUCAUAUGGUGGAAGGGUUAUAACUGUCAAGCUUGGGGACUACUCGAGGAGGAUUGGCAUAGAUGGCUCUGCAGAUUCCAUCAAGGAGGCAAUUAGGUCUGCUUUUAGGUUAAGAACUAGGCGUGCAUUUUGGUUGGAGGAUGAAGACCAUAUAGUUCGGAGUCUUGACAGGGACAUGCCUUUGGGGAAUUACACUCUCCACCUUGAUGAAGGUUUGGCUAUUAAACUGUGCCUCUAUGAUGAGUCAGAUCACAUACCAAUGCAUACUGAGGAGAAGAUUUUCUAUACAGAAGAUGACUAUCGUGAAUUUCUGGCCCGCAGGGGAUAUAUUGCUCUCCGAGAGAUAGAUGGAUACAGAAACAUUGAUAACAUGGAUGAUCUUCGACCAGGUGCAAUAUAUCGAGGUGUGAACUGAGAGGAAGCAUGCCAUUGUUUGACUUUAUUACUUGAUUAUGGCACUGUGUUUUCUGGGGAUUGUAGUUGUUGUAAUUGUAAUUUAAGUGCCUUGCACGCUAAUUUGGAGACUUGGAACAAGAAACUCAGCUGUUCAUAGCCUGUGUUGUACGAUAUUGUCUUGUAGGUUUAGAUUCCAGCAUUCUUUUCUGUCACCCUGUUUGUUGUAUAUAUGAUUUUUAGCGGAAAUGAACUAUUUCUAUUGAG